GUGGAUAAAAAGAAACGUGCUAAAUGAGCUCUAGUCUUCCACCUGCCCAUUCUAGCAACCUCCAUUUUUUGCAGCCUCCAACUAAUUCCAAACCCGACCCGAAUACCUAUCCGGGUCGCAAUGUUUCGAGGCUUCCGCAGCUGCUUCCAUGGAUCCCGGAGCUCCGAUUCGGCCAGUGUCGCCGACCGCGACCCGGUUCUGCUGGUGUCGGGUAUAGCCGGCUCAAUUCUCAACUCAAAAUCCAAGAAAACCGGGUCCGAGACCCGGGUUUGGGUCCGGAUCCUUUUAGCUGAUUUGGAGUUCAGGAGGAAGCUGUGGUCCAUUUACAAUCCUGAAACAGGAUAUACAGAAUCAUUGGAUGAUGACAGUGAAAUAGUAGUGCCGCAAGAUGAUUAUGGGCUUUAUGCCAUUGAUAUUUUGGACCCUUCAACUUUUGUAAAGUGUCUUCAUGUAUCCGAUUUGUACCAUUUUCAUGACAUGAUUGAGAUGCUUGUUGGAUGUGGGUAUGAGAAAGGCACCACAUUGUUCGGAUAUGGAUACGAUUUUCGACAAAGCAAUAGAAUUGGUCAGAUAAUGGAUGGUCUUAAAGAGAGACUGGUGACAGCUUAUAAAGCUUCGGGUGGAAGGAAAGUUAACUUGAUUUCGCAUUCAAUGGGUGGAUUGCUCGUCUCGUGCUUCAUAUCUCUUCAUAAUGAUGUGUUCUCCAAAUAUGUUAAUAAAUGGAUUACUAUUGCCACUCCUUUUCAAGGUGCUCCAGGAUGCAUCAACGACUCUAUACUUACUGGAAUGCAGUUCGUUGAUGGUUUCGAAAGCUUCUUUUUCGUAUCAAGAUGGUCAAUGCAUCAACUUCUGGUAGAGUGCCCAUCUGUUUACGAGAUGUUACCAAAUCCCGGUUUCAAUUGGAAGAAAGAACCUGAGGUUCUUGUAUGGAGAUCAAACUCGAGUGAUGGAGAAGCUACAGUCACACAGGAAUCUUAUGGCUGCAACGAAUGUGUCUCUCUUUUCGCAGAAGCUUUAAAAAACAACGAGCUAGACUAUGACGGAGAUACAGUACCUCUCCCUUUCAACUUUGCCAUUCUUGAAUGGGCUGCUGACACUCGGGAACUUCUUAAUAAAACUGAAAUCCCCACUGGUGUUUCGUUUUACAACAUAUACGGAACAUCUUUUGAAACACCCUUUGAUGUUUGCUAUGGCUCAGAAUCAUCUCCCAUCAACGAGCUUUCUGAGAUAUGUCACUCAACGCCGGAAUACUCUUAUGUAGAUGGAGACGGAACCGUCCCCUCUGAAUCAGCAGUGGCGGAUAAAUUUGAAGCUGUGGAACGAGUUGGGGUGUGUGCGACUCACCGGGGACUAUUAUGCGACGAGAAUGUGUAUAACCUCAUCAAGAAAUGGUUGGGAGUUUCUACAGAGGAAGUGAAGUCAAGGAAGUCCAAAACUUCAAAAGUGGUGCAUGCAGAUUUAGUAUUUUCAAACCAAUCUUGCAAGUAAUUAAGCCAUCAUACUGUAAAUUUGAUUAUCUCUAUCUUUAUCUCCAAAUAAAUCUUAUGUGUAUAACUUUAAUAAUUUACUGUGUAACGUAAACAUACUAAUUUGCUAUCUUUAUCUCCGAAUGCACGUUUGUGAAAUCAA